UAGGGGUACAUUGGUCAACGUUAAAUAUAUCGGUAACCGAGGCGUGUACAAACACGUCACUCUUGCAUCAGACAAGUACGGAGAUGCAGAUUACUGCGCUGAGUACGUCCGUCUUCGCUCGAUCGUCAGUCGAAAGAUAUAACAGCUUUUUUAGUUUUGUGUAGUGAAAGUAAAGUCAUUACGUGGCAGCGUUGAGUAUAUAAGUCUGCUGUAAAUCUGCUGUAAGUUGAUAAUAUCGCAGCAUAUUACGUCCAAAACUACUAUACUGAAGUUGACACAGUUAUGGAGAAUCCAAGAAUAUACAGUGAAUUUGACAAAGUUCAAAAGAAUAGAAUAUCAUCUAUAAUCGAAGAGUUUAGCGAAGAUUUAAUAAAUAUACGUGGAAAGUGUAUGGACAUUGGCUGCGGACCUGGAGAUAUAACAAAAGAUUUUCUAUUACCCUCCCUUGGCUCAAAUGCACAAAUAAUUGGUACGGAUAUUUCGGAGACCAUGAUCAAAUAUGCGAAUGAGACAUUUAGUGACAAAAAACAACUUCAAUUUGAAAUAUUGGAUAUUGAAACUAAAAAUUUGCCUAAGAAAUAUAUUUCUGAAUUUGAUCACAUAUUUUCGUUUCAAACUUUGCAUUGGUGCAGAGACAUUCGAAAAGCCUUCGAGAAUAUUUAUCAAAUGCUAAAGCCUAAUGCAACUAUGCUUGUGUAUAUAAUAGCAUCUCAUGAUUUAUUUGAGGUUCUAAAAUUUUUGGAGCAAGACGUCCGCUUCGCACAAUACAUACCUAAUUCGAUGAAAAAUGUUUCGCCGUAUCAAGAAUCAAAAAAUGCUCGUAAGGAAUUAAGGGAACUACUUCAAAGUGUCGGAUUUACAGUUCAUCAUUGCAGUCUUCGGGAGGUGAUAUACUCCGACGAAAAACCGAUGGUACAGCAGUUUUUGAAUUCGCUAAUAUGCCUCUUGACAUUUAUUGAAGACAUGCCAUAUGUCUUGAUGGAAGAAUUUAAGAAUGUACUUUCAUAUGAAUAUAUGAGAAGAAAGAUUUAUUAUAAAUCAAUACAUAAUGAUCAAGAACUUGUAUUAGAUCGAUGUAAAGCGUUAGUAGUUUAUGCACAAAAGAAUAUAAUGACGACCAACGGUAGUGAUACGAACAAACAUUCUCACAAUCCAUUCAAGUACACUUUAAAUAAUAACUUGCAAAGGGAAAAAGUAUCUGCUGUGAUUGAUGAAUUUGAGGAAUAUCUAAAAAGUAUAUCUGGAAAAUGCCUUGAUAUAGGUUGUGGACCUGGAGAUAUAAUAAAAGACAUGAUUUUGCCGGCUCUUGAUCCAAAUGCAGUAGUAAUUGGUACAGAUGUUUCAAAAAACAUGAUUGAUUAUGCGAACAAAAAAUACAGUGUGCCGAAAAAACUCGAAUUUGACGUUUUAGAUAUACAAACUAAAAAUUUGCCUACAAAAUACACAUCUGAGUUUGAUUUCAUAUUUUCAUUCCAUGCUUUACACUGGUGCAAUGAUAUCAAACAGGCAUUUGAGAAUAUUUAUCGCAUGCUACAACCCAAUGGAACUAUGCUUAUACUUUUUGUAGCAUCUCAUAAUAUAUUUAAAGCUUUUGAAAAAUCGGCACAUGAUGCUCGUUUUGCACAAUACAUAACGGAUAUAAAUAAGUACAUUUGGCCAUUUCAAAAGUCAGUCAAUCCUCGCAAAGAAUUAAAAGAAUUGCUUGAAACUGUUGGAUUUACGGUCAAUCAUUGCAGCCAUCGGGAAACGUUCCAUUUUGAUGAAAAUCCGGACAGAUUUUUUUCUUCUAUUGUGUCUUUUCUUGAUUUCAUUGAAGAUAUGCCAUUCGACAAGAAAGAAGAAUUUAAAAAAGAAUUUGCACGUAAAUAUACAGAAACACAAAUCAUCUAUAAACAAAAAAAUGAUCAGAACACGGUAAUAGACGUGUACCGCGUAUUACAGGUUUUUGCUCAAAAACGUAUGCCAUGAAUGUGUGUGCACAUUAUUCAUUUUAAAUGAAAUAAUUAUUUUAAUUAUAUAU